AUGUCAGCUUUGCCCCCGACCUCUGCCGCAUCUGUUCUUCCAUCCUCCCCACCAACCUCUCGGCCGUCUUCUGUACCACCACCCGACACUGCCAACGAUGAACUGGUGAACGUCCAGUCUUCUGACGUCACGUUUCUUGAGAUUCUCAAGACCAAAAUAGACAAAAAGAAUGGCAAUACGCGUGUUAUUACCUUUAAAGUUGAAAUCGACGACAGGCUUUGCGUCAUGAAAGUGUAUAAGCACAAUGGAUACUGGCAUCAAUUCCGCUCCGAGGAGAGCGCUUAUCGACUGCUUAACGAAAAGGGCUUUUGUGAGCGAGGUCUCGUUCCAAAGUUUUAUGGAAUCAUCGACAGCAUAGAUGUAUCCCUGUGGCCAGAAUUAUACCAGUUCGAAAACGACUCAGCUCCGCCUAGCGCUAUUUUCAUCGAAUAUAUACAAAACGCUAAGAAGAUUGAUUUUAAUAACUAUACGCUAGAUAAAAUGGAUAGGCUGUGUGCAAUGCUUACCGAAUUCCACAGCGUCGGCCUCCUUCAUGGCGACCCAUACCCGAGAAACAUGAUGGUUGUUCCGGGGACGCCUAGAGACAGAGUCUUUUGGCUGGACUUUGACUCUUCGAGCGUUGAGGAUCGAACAACGGGUGACGAAGACACGGAGCGGCAGUUCCAAAGGGAAUCAAGGGAGAUGGCAUGUGUUGCGAAAGCAUUUUCAAUGGAUGCCAAGAAUGGCAUAGCCGAGGAAACAUUCAACGAGGCCGAAGCCGUCGAGCCGUCGCCCUGUGGUGUGUCCGUUGCCUACGCACCAUGGCUAGCUGCUCGGGGUAUUGCCUUCCCUGAGAUUGCGCUGCCUGAGAUUAUAGUUACGAGCGCUUCGAGCAGUCGAGCUCUUCAGAAAAUCGAUUUCCUCGAAAACUCCUCACUGGAGGCUACGCGACUACUUCGGAAAAUCGAUCACUUCGAAAAAGUCUUCUUGCGGGCUGUACGAAGUGGCCGUUUCCAAACCUCGCCGUGGCGGGCGGUCAACGCCUACGAAACGGCAUUUACUAUGUCCUGGAGAGCCUUUUCUUCUUCUUGCCACGACUCACUGGGCGCCGCCUGCGUACUCAAAUCGACCAGCCCGCACAACGGACGCACCAACCGAUCUGUCACGUUCCUGGCGCUGAAGCAAAACCGACAAGCCCUCCCAAUGCUGCCGAAACUCGUGGCUCGUACCAAUGCCUCGUCGAUUACAACUCUGAUUUAUUCUCAGUCAGCUGACUCGAACGUCGCGAAGAUUGCUCCGCUCUCCUUGACUCCAGAGUUGGACAGGAUCUGGAAGGGUUCGAAACACCAUGAUUACGGCGCUCAUGCCUCCAUAAGAACCACCAAUGGCAACGCCUUUCCCAUCAUCAAACUUGCCCAUCCAGAUGAUGACAUAUCUAUCAAACUUAUCGAACGAGAAUUCAAUGUCCUCACCGAAUUAAAGAAGUUGGAACUCCCUGUAGUGGAUUUCGACGAACAACCCAUCACCUGCGACGGGGCGAUCUACGGCUACCGAAUGAAAACGCUCACAAAGUUGGAGCCAGGCGAAAUGCACACUCGAUGGGAGGAUGUCAAGGGCGUGUUCAGCUUGCUGCAUCAUGCAGGGUUCUGCCAUGGAGAUUUCAACCCUAGUAACAUCAUGAAAGCCGACAACGAUCGUCUCAUCAUCAUCGACUUCAGCUUUUCCGGACGAAUCGGCAGCCCGGUGCCGCCCUUCAUGCCCACUUGGCGAUUUCCCACUGGUGAAUAUUGCCUCGACCAGGACGUUGCAGCAUUGAAGAGAUACGCAUUGGUAAACUAG